CUCGCACGUUUAUUAAUCGGAAGGAGUAGGUCGGUAUUGGCCACAUAACUCGCUUAACAAGAAGCCGUAGCAGCAGGGCUUCAAAAUUAUUGACUGCAUACGCCGGCCCCGCGGCUCAAUUCAGGCUGGACAGCACACGACGGAAUACAGGUUGCCAUGGCUGAAGUGCUGCCAGGAGUGGUCAAAUGCGGCGCCUUCGACUACGACGACGGCACCCGCUAUGUCGGCGACUGGAAUGCAAAGGGCCAAAAGCAUGGCAUGGGCCACCUCGUGCUGCCCGACGGCACCCGCUAUGACGGUGCUUUCAACAACGGCCUCUGCGGCGGACUCGGCGUCAUGAGCUUCCCCGACGGCGCCAGGUACGAGGGCGAGUUCAUGCAGGGCUGGUUCCACGGCCACGGCGUCUUCUGGAGAUCGGACGGCAUGAAGUUUGAGGGAGAAUUCCGUGGAGGACGAAUUUGGGGACUAGGAUUGAUCACCUUUAGCGACGACACUCAUGGUUUCCCACGUAACGAGGGUUACUUCCAGGAUUGCCGAUUUGUCAGGAAGAAGAUCUGCCCUGACGUGAUCCAGCGAGCGCAGAAGGUGGCCAUGAUGGCCAGGGCGCAGUGCGACAAGUGAAAUCGUUCAGCGGAGCACCAACUACAUGCCAAAGAUAUUGAUUGUGGCGCCUGAUAAUUUAUCAUUCAACUUGAACAUUUAAUUGUAAACAAAUUCUGGUCAGCUUUAUCUGUGGCGUCAUUUUGCCAAACUAUUAUAUGGAUCUUCUACUGCCUUAUAAAUGAAGUGUUUGCAGUUUUAUUGAAGUCAACAAAUAAUGUACUUGUAAACAACAAUAAAUAAUUUCGUUUAAAUUCA